GGUGUUGGAUCAAGCUUCUUAUAAAUACAGACACAAAGCAUCCUGGUCUCCUCGCAGGGCCCCACAGAGGUGAUCCUGCAGAGCGGGAGAGGAGAGAGACGACAGAAGAAGUUGUUUUCUGGAGGGGAGAGAGGUAAAGUCGUAUGAUGUCCGUUAUUGGCGCGCAGCCUUUCAUCAAACCAAUGCAGCCCACACCCUCAGUUUCUCCUGGCAUCCAGCGGAGACACACGCUCCCCGCCAGCGAAGUCCGGCCGCUCAACACGCAGGAUGCCAUCAGCGUGUUUGAAAUCGAGCGAGAAGCAUUUAUCUCAGUGUCAGGUGAGUGUCCUCUCCACCUGGACGAGGUGCGUCACUUCCUCACGCUAUGUCCAGAGCUGUCCAUGGGCUGGUUUGAGGAGGGUCGGCUGGUGGCUUUUAUCAUCGGCUCUCUGUGGGACCAGGACAGACUCACUACAGACGCAUUGACUCUCCACAAACCCCGCGGCUCCACCGUCCACAUCCACAUCCUCGCAGUACAUCGCACCUUCAGGCAGCAGGGCAAAGGUCCCAUCCUGAUGUGGCGCUACCUGCAGUACCUUCGCUGUCUGCCCAACGUGCGCAGAGCUGUGCUAAUGUGUGAGGACUUCCUCAUUCCUUUCUACCACAAGUCAGGCUUCAAGGUCCUGGGGCGCUGCUCCAUCACGGUGGCCAACCUGACCUUCACAGAGAUGUGGUACCCCAUCAGCGGCCACGCCUACAUGCGGCGCAACAGUGAGGCGAUCCGUUUCCCUCACCAUCCCUUGACUCUGCCGCUGCAAAAGACUGAUGAACAAGCUGAUGUAUGACAUGGUGAUGUACGUCGCUGACACAGUGUUGUACCCUUUAUAGGAUGUUAGGUUGUUUAAUAAUGUGUAAAAUGGUCUUACUGUGUAAAUUAAAAACAAGAAUGUACUCUACUGCAAUGUGAUGUAUUAUAUGUAAAUUUGCUUUGUUAGACUCUCUCCUGUGUCUCUGGGUCAUUUUGUGUCGCUUGCUUUUGUCUUUUUGUAAUAUAUUUUUUUUUUUUUGCCCCUCUUGUAGUCAUUUUACAUAGUCCCUCUUGUCUCUUAUGCACUCUGUAUGCUCUUUAUAGUUGUUUUGGUCUCCUUUUAGACUUUUUGUCUCCUUAAAGUCAUUUUGUGUCUCUUCUUUGUUGGUAAAUGUCUCUUUGAAUGACACUUUGAAGGUGAAGGGCCACGGGGCCCUGAAACUUUGACACCUGUGCCCGGUCGGCCCAUUCAGUAAUCUAUCCAUGAGUAAUGUGUUGAUUCAGUAACUGCAGUUACAUUGAAGCCGUGUUGCGUUUGUGGUAGACAUUUGGACAGUAAUCUGUGUCCUGCUUAGCACCUUUCUGGGCUCUCCACAUCUAUGGACUGACGUCAGUGACCGGGCUUUAGCUCCUGCAGCUCUAUUAGGGGGCUUUAGCUAUAAUGGAGGGCUUAGGGAGGGGAGUCACUCAUCGUCAGUCUGCACAUCAGGACUUUGUAUUGUGAAGGGGGGGGUUAUUUUAUGUUUGUGUCUGUUACGGUAUCACAAUUUCAAUAAAAUGUUUUCUACUGUUUUUUAAGAUGAAAAAUUGUCAUUUUUUUAUUUUGU